GGCGUAGAGUCCUUUAGCCACCUUUCGGAAAAGAAACCAGACUCUUUACGCAACACCCAACCCCAAGCCUCCUCCUAUGUUAUUUAAAUCCCGUGUGAUUCCCUGCUUCGCACCGUAUUCUUCUUCUCUGAUCUCCGUCCAUGAAAAUGGAGGAUUCGCCGAUCAGCCGUCUCUCCGAAGACACUCUCAAUCAGAUAUUCUCUUACCUCUCUCUUCGUGAAAUCGUGAUCUGCCGCUCCGUUUGCAAGCUCUUUAACCAAACCCUGACCUCACCGUCUUUCAUGCACCUCAUCUCCACCCGAUCCCACCUCAACCUCCUCGCUGUCCGACCCCCACAUCACCACCAUAAUCAUCACAACCGCCACGUGUCCCUCUAUUCCUUCAUCCACGUCUACGAUCCCGAUCAGAAUCAAUGGCUUCGAUUCAGCCUCGAUUUCCUUCCCUUCCGAUCUCCUCACCCCGUCGCGUCUUCGCUCGGUCUGUUAUACCUCUGGGCUGACACUCCGGACUCGAACAAGUCACUCAUCGUUUGUAACCCCUUGACUCGUCAAUACAAAGUACUCCCUCAACUCGGCUCGGCUUGGUCGCGCCAUGGCUCCGUGCUAGUUGACUCAUGGAACCGAGUCAUGGUCUUAACGGAACUGGCUGCUCUUUACUUCUCCUUUUCUCAGGAAACCCAACAAUGGCUCAAAUUCUCUUCGAAUUUACCUUCCAAACCCCGAAGCCCCAUUGUGAUUUCCAACUCCGUUUUCGCCCUAUGCGACGUGGGAUCGCCGUGGAGAAGUAAGUGGAAAUUAUUCUCUUGCGCUGUCAAAAAUUUGUUAAAUUUAAAUUUAAAUGUGAUGAACAAUAACUGGGAAUGUUUGGAAAGGCAUGAAUGGGGUGACAUUUUCGAUGUAAUGAAAAGACCGCGUUUAGUACCUGGAAAUGGGAACAAGAUCUUGAUGAUUGGGGGUUUAAAAUCGAGUUAUUCCUUUAAUCAAUCUGGUUUGACGAUUUUGAUUUUGAGAUUGGAUUUGGAAACAAUGGAGUGGGAAGAGGCAACAAGGAUGCCAGAGGCGAUGCUCAGGUGGUUUCAGGAUAGUAAAUUUAAGGUGUUUGGAGGAGGGAAUAGAGUUUGCUUUUCCGGGAAGAAAAUUCGGAGACUGGCUCUUUGGGAUUGCUGCAAAUGGCGGUGGAUUGAUGGGGUGCCUGGAAACGGGGAUGAGCUUUUCCGGGGAUUUACAUAUGAAGCUCGGCUUACUGCAGUUCCUUAAAUGGAUGCUCGUUGCGUUCUUACAAUGUUUACCACUUUGAAUCAUUGUUGUUUUUUGUUUAUGUUCUUCUAGUGAAAUGAAAGAUUCAGGGUAGUGCAAAAAGACUGUAACCUGUUGUCGAGACCUCAGGGACUCAAGAAUGAAAAGUGGGAAUUGAGUUCAUCUUAGGCAAUGUAAAUUGUUAAUUAAGAUGAAAAACAGAACCCCGAGAAUUUGAGAUUUCUUCUAUUACUAUUUUCAAUGCUUAAUUGGGACAUUUGAAUUAUUUUCCUCUGAAAUUAAUGGAAGAAACAAGCCUUAUGAGAUCAA